GUUCGUGAUUGUGUGAGGCUGGGCGUGCGGCGGUAGUGGCGGCGGUGAUGGUGGUGGUGUUAUUGUGGUGUUGAAUUGCCUGAAUCAACCACCACGAACCAUGUGAUCUUCGGCCCAUCAACAUAUCUUCAUCCACUGGACAUUCGCCUCGGCCAUGAACGGAGAGCGUGACCACGAGGUGAACAGCGUGGAGGAGCGGGUCAGCCUCACUCUGGACUCACUAACCCAGGACGAAGACCCUCCCGUGAAUGGGCGGCACGCGAGUCCAAGCCGUCAAGGAGUCGUUCGAUAUGGGUCUGAUGGCUUCGUUGUAGACGCCCAUAAGAGCACCAUUAUCCUGGACGCCCCGAUGUCAGUUCUUUGCGAUAAACGGACGAGGAUGAAUGGCGUGCACGGGAAAGCGUCUGAAAUCGAAGCCGCCGCCGAAGCAGUAAAAAAAUCGCGCGGACUUCGAAUAGCGUGCCAACCCGCGGAGAAAGUGAACAUUUAUGAGACGGAGGAGCUUCUGCGACACGAGGCCUUCAGGUACUACACUGCCGGGGGUGUGAGCCUUGUGGUACACCCUGAGAGCGGUGUCCAUGACGGCACGUGGAAGCCCUCGCAUAUUGACUCCGCCAGCGUCGACUUCCUCACUUCCCAAGCGGGAGACUACAUAUGGAUCGAGCCAGUAUCAAGGAGGGAGUUCGAUGUCGCGAUCGGGGCGCGGGUGGUGAGUGCAGAGGGCCGCCGCAUCCAGGUGCAAGACGACGACUCCCAGGAACAAUGGCUCACCCCGGAGCGGAGGAUCAAGGCGAUGCACCCCACGUCCGUGCAGGGCGUGGAGGACAUGAUCUCCCUCGGGGACCUCCAUGAAGCCGGCAUCCUCAGGAACCUCCUCAUCCGAUACAAUGAAAACCUCAUAUAUACCUACACCGGCUCCAUCCUGGUGGCCGUCAACCCCUACCAGAUCCUGCCCAUCUACACCGUGGACCAGAUCAAGCUGUACCGCGGCAAGAAGAUCGGAGAGCUGCCCCCACACAUCUUUGCCAUCGGUGACUCCUGCUACAACAACAUGAAGCGCUUCCGGCAAGACCAGUGCAUUGUGAUCAGUGGUGAGUCCGGUGCAGGGAAAACAGAGAGCACAAAGCUGAUCUUGCAGUACCUUGCGGCCAUCUCCGGCAAGCACUCCUGGAUUGAACAACAGAUCCUGGAGGCAAAUCCCAUUUUGGAAGCCUUCGGAAACGCCAAGACCAUCAGGAACGACAACUCUUCUCGCUUCGGCAAGUACAUCGACAUCCACUUUACCAAGGAUGGAGUGAUCGAGGGUGCUUCCAUUGAGCAGUACCUGUUGGAGAAGUCCCGUAUUGUGUCCCAGGGAGCUGACGAGAGGAACUACCACGUCUUCUACUGCAUGCUGGCGGGGAUGACGAGAGAAGAGAGGCAGAAGCUGGACUUGUCAGAUGCCUCCCAGUACAAAUACUUGACAGGAGGUGGAAGCAUAACAUGUGAGGGCAGGGACGACGCCAGGGAGUUUGCAGACAUCCGCUCGGCCAUGAAGGUGUUGAUGUUCAGUGACUCCGAGGUGUGGGAGAUCAUGAAGGUCCUCUCGGCUAUUCUCCACAUGGGCAACGUCAAGUUCAAGGGGACGAUUGUAGACAACCUGGACGCCUCUGAGAUCCCUGACACAACCUCCCUGGCCCGUGCUGCCAAGUUCCUCGCGGUGGAUCCACGCUCGAUGAAGGUUGCUCUCACCACAAGAACUAUUUUUGCACAAGGAGAGACUGUGGUAUCCCAUCUUAGUCACAGCCAAGCCACAGACGUCCGAGAUGCCUUCGUCAAGGGUAUCUAUGGGCGGCUCUUCAUCUGGAUUGUGAGCAAGGUCAACGCCGCCAUUUACAAACCCAAGAGUGGCUCCAGAACCUCCAUUGGGGUUCUGGAUAUCUUUGGCUUUGAAAACUUUAAGACAAACAGCUUUGAACAGUUCUGCAUCAACUACGCCAACGAGAACCUGCAGCAGUUCUUCGUGCAGCACAUCUUCAAGCUGGAACAGGAGGAAUACAACUCCGAGAACAUCAACUGGCAGCACAUUGAGUUCGUCGACAACCAGGACACCCUCGACCUCAUCGCCAUCAAGCAGCUCAACAUCAUGGCUCUCAUCGAUGAGGAAUCUAAGUUCCCCAAAGGCACAGACCAGACCAUGUUGCAGAAGCUUCACAAACAGCAUUCCCACCACAAGCAAUACCUGAAGCCCAAGUCAGACCUGAACGCAUCCUUCGGCAUCAACCACUUCGCUGGGGUCGUCUUCUAUGAUACAAGAGGUUUCCUUGAGAAGAACAGAGAUACCUUCAGUGCGGACUUACUGCAGCUGAUCCACAACACCUCAAAUAAAUUCCUUCAGCACUUGUUCGUUGAGGAUAUAGGCAUGGGAUCUGAGACCAGGAAGAGGGCGCCCACACUGUCUGCCCAGUUCAAGAAGUCACUGGACAUGCUGAUGAAGACUCUCCUGUCAUGUCAACCUUUCUUCAUCCGUUGCAUCAAGCCCAAUGAAUACAAAAAGCCAAUGCUGUUUGACCGUGAGCUGUGCUGCCGCCAACUGAGGUACUCUGGCAUGAUGGAGACUAUAAGGAUCAGGCGAGCGGGCUACCCCAUCCGCCACACAUUCAGGGAGUUCGUGGAGAGGUACAGAUUCCUCAUUAACGGCUGCCCGCCUGCCCACAAGGUGGACUGCAGGGCAGCCACAACCAAGAUCUGCCAGCAAGUGUUGGGUCGAGCAGACUACCAGAUGGGCCACACCAAGGUCUUCCUGAAGGAUGCCCAUGACCUGUUCUUGGAGCAGGAGCGUGACCGAGUCCUCACCAGGAAGAUUACCAUCCUCCAGCGCUGCGUGAGGGGCUGGUACUACCGCAGGAGGUUCCAGAAGAUGAGGGAGAGCGCCAUCAUCAUCCAGAAGCACUACCGCGCCCACGCCCAGAAGAGGCGCUACCAGAACAUGCGGGUCGGCUACAUGAGGCUCCAGGCGCUCAUCCGCUCAAGGGUCGUGUCUCACCGCUUCAAGCACCUCCGAGGACACAUCAUCUCAUUGCAGGCUCGCUGUCGUGGGUACCUGGUGAGGCGAGACUUCCAUAAUAAGAUGUGGGCCGUCACCAAGAUCCAGGCCCAUGUGCGAGGCCUCAUUGCCCGCCGCCAGUACCGCAAGUUGAAGAUGAGGGUGGAGGCGGCGCGGUUGAAGGAGGAGGAGGAGAAGGCACUCAGGCAGCAGAUGGACAAGCGAAAGGCACGAGAGAUUGCUGAAAUGAAGUAUUUGGAACGAUUGGAGGAGAUGGAAAGAGCCGAUGAACUGAGGGCCAGAGAGGAACGAGAGAUGAUUGAGGUGAAGAUGGAGCGCGUGAGAGAGGCCGAGAGACAGAGAGACGAGCCCUUGGAUGACUCUCAGUUGGUGGACGAAAUAUUCCAGUUCCUCCCUCCAGACUCAGCGUCAGAGGCUCAGGCGCCUCCACUACGCUUCCAGGACCUACCGUCAGCCGGAAAAGGGGUGGUUUCCGAGGACGACAUCAUCUCGGCCAUUCCUCGUCCAGCUGGAGAACAGGAUGAAGACUUGUCGGAGUACAAGUUUCAGAAGUACGCCGCCACAUAUUUCCAGGGCAACGUCAACCACCAGUACUCCAGAAAGCAACUCAAGCAGCCUCUUCUGCAGCUUCAGACUCAGGGCGAUCAGCUGGCUGCCAUGGCGCUCUGGAUCACCAUCUUGCGCUUCAUGGGAGACAUGGCUGAGCCCAAGUAUCACAUGAUGGACCGCGACACCACCUCAGUCAUGUCCAAGGUCUCGGCGACUCUUGGGAGAAACUUCAUCAAGAGUAAAGAGUUCCAAGAGGCACAACUCAUGGGCAUGGACCCGGUGAGUACAUCUGAGGUCGUCUAUAUGUCUCAGAAGAACCGCAGCAUCAGGCACAAGCUGGUGUCCCUGACGCUCAAAAGGAAACACAAGCUGGGGGAUGACGUGCGCCGCCGCCUGCAGGAGGAGGAGUACACUGCCGAGAGCUACUCCUCCUGGCUGGACUCAAGGCCGACAUCUAACCUGGAGAAGCUGCACUUUAUCAUUGGCCACGGCAUCCUCAGGGCGGAGCUCAGAGAUGAAAUUUAUUGUCAAAUCUGCAAACAACUCAGCAACAAUCCUUCCAAGUCUUCCCAUGCCCGAGGGUGGAUCCUUCUGUCGCUGUGUGUGGGCUGCUUCGCCCCCUCAGAGGAUUUUGUGAAGUACCUGCUCUCCUUCAUCCGCGAGGGCCCUCCAGGCUAUGCACCGUACUGUGAGGAAAGACUCAAGAGAACCUUUUCAAAUGGCACCAGAAAUCAACCUCCGAGCUGGUUAGAAUUGCAGGCCACCAAAUCCAAGAAGCCGUUAAUGCUGCCCAUCACGUUCAUGGAUGGGAACACCAAAACGUUGUACGCCGACUCCGCCACCACCGCGAGGGAGUUGUGUAACCAACUGUCAGACAAGAUUGGCCUGCGGGAUCAGUUCGGAUUCUCUCUGUACAUCGCCUUGUUUGAUAAGGUGUCAUCGCUUGGCAGUGGCGGCGACCACGUGAUGGACGCCAUCAGCCAGUGUGAGCAGUACGCCAAGGAGCAAGGGGCACAGGAGAGGAACGCCCCAUGGAGGCUGUUCUUCAGGAAGGAAAUAUUUGCUCCUUGGCACGACCCCACGGAAGACCCUGUGGCCACUAAUCUAAUCUACCAACAGGUCGUGCGAGGUGUCAAGUUUGGGGAGUAUCGCUGCGACAAGGAUGAAGAUCUCUCCAUGAUCGCUGCCCAGCAGUAUUACAUUGAGUUUGGGAGUGACAUGAACACUGACAGGCUCUACAACAACUUGACAAGCUACAUACCUGACUACUGUGUAUCUGCAGGGGAUAAAGCCAUUGACCGCUGGUCUGGCCUAGUGGUUACUGCCUACAGGAAAAGUUAUUAUGUGAAGGAGCGAGUCCUGGCUCUCAAGGUGAAGGAAGAUGUCGUCAGUUAUGCCAAGUUCAAAUGGCCGCUUCUGUUCUCCAGAUUUUAUGAGGCUUUCAGGUACUCUGGGCCUAACUUGCCCAAGAAUGACGUGAUCAUUGCUGUGAACUGGACCGGCGUGUAUGUUGUGGAUGACCAGGAGCAGGUGUUGCUGGAGCUGUCCUUCCCAGAGAUUACUACUGUGUCGUGUAACAAAACCCAAAAGGUAUACACCCAGACCUUCACUCUGUCCACUGUCCGAGGGGAGGAGUUCACCUUCCAAAGCCCUAACAGUGAGGACAUCCGGGACUUGGUUGUGUACUUCCUGGAGGGACUCAAGAAACGCUCCAAGUAUGUGAUUGCCCUACAAGACUACAAACCUCCAGGUGACAACGUCAGCUUCCUCACCUUCAAUAAGGGAGACUUGAUUCUUCUGGAGGAAGAUUCUUCGGGAGAAUCUGUGAUGAGUGCUAACUGGUGUGUCGGGCGAUGUGAACGCACUGGCGAGAAGGGCGACUUCCCUGCAGAGACUGUCUAUGUCCUCCCAGCAGUCACAAAGCCUCCAGUGGACAUUCUGGCGCUGUUUACUGCCGAGGGAGCAGAACACGGCCGCAAGCUGUUCACACCACAAGUCAAUGGAGGAGAUUCCCAGGAGAAGCCGUACACACUGGAGGAGUAUGCCCUGGACCACUUCAGGGCGCCUCCAAAGCGUACAGUGUCCAGAGCCAUCACCCUAGCCUCAGCGCGUCGCCCCACAAAUGAUGUCUUGUGGAAGUACUCACGGGAGCCCAUCAAACAGCCGCUCCUGAAAAAGCUGUUGCACAAAGAUGAACUCGCCCAAGAAGCUGUGUACGCCUUCAACGCCAUACUGAAGUACAUGGGAGACUUGCCGUCCAGGAGAGCCAGACAAGGAAAUGAUCUCACGGACCAAAUAUUUGAUGGGCCACUGAAGCAUGAAAUCCUUCGGGACGAGAUCUACUGCCAAAUAAUGAAGCAGCUGACAGACAACAGGAACAGACUGAGUGAGGAGCGAGGGUGGGAGCUGAUGUGGCUGGGAACUGGCCUCUUUGCCUGCUCUCAAAACUUAGUUAAGGAACUGUCCCAAUUCCUGCGCACUAGAAGGCACCCCAUCGCCCAGGACUCCCUGCACAGACUACAGAAGACCCUGAAACACGGGCAGCGUAAAUAUCCUCCACACCAAGUAGAGGUGGAGGCCAUCCACCACAAGACAACACAGAUCUUCCACAAGGUGUACUUCCCAGAUGACACAGACGAAGCCUUUGAGGUUGACUCCUCUACGCGAGCCAAAGACUUCUGCUCCUCCAUAGCCCAUCGCCUCAACCUGAAGAGUUCAGAAGGAUUCUCACUGUUUGUCAAGAUUGCUGACAAGGUCAUCUCUGUUCCUGAAGGAGACUUCUUCUUCGACUUUGUGAGGCACCUCACAGACUGGAUCAAGAAAGCUCGACCAUCUAGAGAUGGCACAACGCCUCACUUCACCUACCAAGUGUUCUUCAUGAAGAAGCUGUGGACCAACACAGUGCCUGGGAAGGACCGUAAUGCAGACAUAAUCUUCCACUUCCAUCAGGAGCUGCCCAAGCUCUUACGAGGGUACCAUCGGUGCACAAAGGACGAGGCAGCCAGGCUGGCGGCACUGGUGUACCGCGUUCGCUUUGCCGAGAGUAAACAGGAGCUUGCCCUCAUCCCGAACAUGCUGAGGGACCUCAUACCUGCAGAUCUUGCUAAAGCUCAAAGUACGAAUGAAUGGAAAAGACUUAUUGUACAGCACUAUAAUAAUGAUUCAGGUAUGAGCCCAGAGGAAGCUAAGAUCGCCUUUUUGAAGGUUAUAUUCCGAUGGCCCACUUUUGGUUCCGCCUUCUUUGAGGUGAAGCAAACCACAGACCCCAACUACCCUGAACACCUCCUCAUCGCCAUCAACAAACAGGGCGUGUCUCUCAUCCAUCCAGUCUCCAAGGAAAUCCUCGUCACCAACCCCUUCACCAGGAUCAGUAACUGGUCGUCUGGGAACACCUACUUCCACAUGACUAUCGGUAACCUGGUGAGGGGCACCAAGCUUCUGUGUGAGACUUCCCUGGGCUACAAGAUGGACGACUUGCUCACUUCCUACAUCUCACUCAUGCUCACCAACAUGAACAAGCAGAAAACCCUUAGACUAAAGUAAUGAUGCAUUAGUAACAAUAUCAAUCCAUGUAACAGAUAUAUGGGAAUGUCAUUUGUAUCAAAACUGUAGCAUUAAAAAUUAUUAGCUAUUUCCAGUUUGUGGUUUCUGUGAUGUGAGGAAUAAGCACAAAAUGCUACUUAAGAAUUCUUUAAACCCACUUCUGACUCCUAGUGUAAUCCUCUACAUAGUACACGCAGUACAAGCUCAACAAGCUCAAACUAUUUUUUUACCCGACGUGAUUAGAGUAAACGCUGUAAUCCAUAUUUCCUUAUAAGAACAGCUUAGUAAAAUUUGAUUACUUUCCAAUAUCUAGUCUUCACAAAAGUGAUUGCCACUCCAUCACAUUUUCAUUUUUUCAUGUUUACCAGAGAAAAAAAUAGGCAGUGUUAUUUAGAAGCAAAACUUGAAGGAAGGACUUGGACCAAACCAUCAAAAUAUGUAUAAUAAUGAGCCACUGCUGCAGCCUGCAUUUUACAUAAGUGGAUAACAGUACUUAACAAUGGUAGUACUUAAUCCCUUCACAUACCUGCCAUCUGUUGCUUUAAACAAAAAUGGUUAUAUAAAAAUAAUGUACCAAAACAGUAGCAAUGCUCAUCCUAAAGUUGAAAUUUGGUUUGGUCUGCAUCCCAUCUAUCUUUUCAAAUCCAACUUCUUCCACAAACCAUUUAAAUGCAGGUGCACUUAUUUUGGGGGGAGGGAGGGAAGGAAGGGGCUGUAAUAAGAUUUUUACACACCAUCAAGUGGGCUACGAAUGGUUAAAAAUGGAAGUUUGGGGUUUUAUCAAAAGUUAGAAUGUUAGCAUCUAGGGACCAACCUGUAGGGCCAACACCAGAUACGUUACCAGUCAUAGAGUGCAUCUAACCCCACUGCCUAUCUUGAAUAUAUUGAUAGCUUUAAUUCAUCUUCUUUCUUAUAUGAGGUGUCGAGAGCCAAAGGGGCAUCGGUCUCAUUUUUAUGGUUUUGAGUUUUGGGUAGUGACGUACAGGCGUAACCCUCGUCUAUUGUACGCUAUACAUAGCCAAGGGAAAAUUGACCGCCUAGGGAGUCUACUGAAGGAUCAAAAUGCAAAUAAAAUGAUAAAAACCAAGGUGGGAAGGGGGGGGGCAUCCUUGUCAUUUUUAUAAGUUGAGAACUGGGUAGUAUCGUACUGGCAUAACCCUCGUCUAUCCAACAGUACAGGUAGCCAAGGGAAAAUCAGCCAUCUAGAGAGUGUGCUGAAGGACCAAAAAGCAAUAAAAACAUUAGUCCUGCUCAUCUCGAAACUCACUUUUGGUACAGACGCUCCUUUGGUUCCAGACCCCUCACAUUCUCUUCCACCAAAUAGGUCACAGGGCUUGUCAAAGUGGUCACAGAUAUACCUUUGCAACACAACCUGAAGGGACACGUCAUGAGUGAGCUUGCUGGAACGAAUGAUACAUGUGAACUCUUAUGACUAAUCAAUGUUGUUUGUUGGGUAAUUUUACGACUGUACACAAACUGUUUUUAACUGAAGAUUUAUAUGGUUGUAUAUUUCACUACUUUAAGGGUAAACAAUGUGAUUCUCUGUACCAUACAUUCUCCUUUACUUCCUCAAAUCAAUAAUGUAUUUUAGGUGUUUUGUAAUUAGCCUCAGUUUCCUGAUAUUUGUUAAAGGCUUUUUUUUUAUCCAUCACAGUGAACUUGUAUAUUUCUCUCUCCAGAAGUAUGCUUUGAGCUACUAAGUAUUUGUACUGAUCUCUUCCACUACAUGAUAGUUUAAAUAUCUCAAAAUCAACACUAUGUAUCUUAAAUUUAGUUCCAUGGCUAUGAUUAUAUGUAUAUAUAUGAA